UUGCUGAGGAGACAAAUCAUUCAAAUUCUUACUACAUUUUGGCAAGAUUUGCAUUCCAACUGGCUCCACCCCACCUCACACUCUCCAAUUCUGGUUAUAAAAAGGAGGACAGAUUGUUUCCUCUCUUCAGUAUCAACUCUUGAACAAUUCCUUUUGAGUUAUUAGACCAUUCUCUAUAUAGUGAUCCUCAAACUUAAAAGUUUUUUUGUUGAUCAUUUUGUCUUGAAGAAAUGGCAUCUAGCUCAAUGUCAUCCACUGGCUCAUGGAGUGCCAAGGACAACAAAGCCUUUGAAAGGGCUCUAGCUGUGUAUGACAAGGACACGCCGGACCGUUGGUACAAUGUUGCUAAGGCUGUUGGUGGUGGGAAGACUCCUGAGGAAGUCAAGAGGCACUAUGAACUCCUCCUUAGGGAUGUUAGGCACAUUGAAUCAGGGCAAGUGCCAUUCCCAUACAAGCAAAAUGGAGGGUCUCAAGAGGAGAAAAGGCUGAGAAACAUGAAGCUCCAGUAACCAAUUGGCAUCAGGAACAAAGAAUUUUCUGAUUUUCACCAUCUAGCAAUUUUUCUAUAAUCCCAGUGCUACGUAAUAAGUAGUGCUAGUGACGUAGUAGGAUUAGAAUAUAUAUUAUUCAUAAGAAUCGUAUCCGAUGAUUCCAUGUUGUAUUGUCGUUGAAGCAACCUUAAAGAAUCAACGACUCUGUCUAAGUUCCAAUCAUAUUAAUAAAGUUUCAAUUUUAUGCGUUUAUUUUGUCA